AAUACACAUACGCCCAUCUAUCCCUCUAAACCAGAAACUGCCGCAUGUUUGGUAGUGCUGUACUCCAAGCUCCAUUCAUGAUCUCCGAGGUGUCAGUGCUUUACUUCGCCAAAGGUGCUGAACUAACGGGGGUCAAGUCAGAGACCGUCAAACUUCCGUCUGAAUUGACUACUAUUCAGCUGUGGCUAGAACUAGAGAAGAGGCAUCCAAAACUGUGCGUAUUGCGCGAGCACGUGGUGCUGGCUGUGCGUCAAGAGUACGUGGAUUUGUGUGACCAGACUGUCAGUUUACACGACGGGGACGAAGUGGCAGUCAUCCCGCCCCUUAGCGGGGGUUGAUCACCCAGCCCAG